GCAUUUCUCCCCGCUCUUGACCGCGGCCGCUGCUGUUCUCUGGCACCAAUCUCUUGCGUCUCUGCGCUAUUGGUGAAAUCCGCCUUCGUUCAACCCAUUCAAGGCGAGAUGAUGGCCUCGGAGAAGUACGACCAGGGCGCGUCCCCUAUUGCGCCCGCGCUCGCUCCCGCACUUGGUGCCUCCUCGGAUUUGGAAAAGGGAAGGAAAGAAAAACCGGUCCAACAUUGGAAGCAAGGUGAAGAGCUUGUUCUUCCUAAAAACCGGAUGAGGCUUGUAUUCCCGGGCUUGAUGUGCUGUGUCUUCCUCGCUGCCUUGGAUCAGACGAUCGUUGCCACUGCUCUGCCAACUAUCGUAGCGAAACUUGGUGGCGGCAAGGAUUACAGUUGGGUUGGGACCGCGUACCUCCUGGCGUCCUCCGCCUUGUCCCCUAUCUACGGCAAAUUGUCCGACUUGAUCGGCCGUAAACCAAUCUUGUUUACCUCCAUCGCCAUCUUCCUUCUCGGUUCCGCGUUAUGCGGUGCGGCCCAAAACAUGACAUGGUUGGUUGUUGCCCGCGCGGUCCAAGGUAUUGGAGGCGGUGGGAUCAUUCAAUUGGUCCAAAUCACUAUCUCGGAUAUCGUGUCAUUGCAGGAUCGUGGCAAGUAUGGAGGAUAUAUCGGUGCCACAUGGGGGAUUGCCAGCGUCAUAGGCCCUUUGCUUGGUGGUGUUUUUACUGACCACGUUACUUGGCGAUGGUGCUUCUUCAUCAAUCUACCCACCGGCGGUGUCGGAUUCCUCCUCCUGUUCCUCUUCUUGAACCUGAACCCACAUCAGGGAAGGAGCUGGAGGGAGCACGCCAGGGAAUUCGACUUCCUCGGGCUUGCUCUGCUCAUUGCUGGGGUGGUCUUAAUUCUGCUCGGCUUCAACUUCAGCGAAAAUAGCUGGGACACUCCGGAGUGUAUCGCUCCCCUGGUCAUCGGAGUCGUUCUCUUGGUUGCCGCGUCAGCGAACGAGUUGUUGACGAAGCGGUCCCCCAUCAUCCCGCCUCGUCUGUUCAAGACGCGUACAACAGCGCUCAUCCUAAUUUCCGUGUUCUUGCAUGGAUUCGGUUUCUUCGCUGGCGCAUACUACCUGCCGGUAUACUUCCAGGUCCUCGGCUCUUCUGCUACCAAUGCCGGCGUCCGGAUGCUUCCGUUCUCUCUCGGCUCCGCCGCAAUGUCUAUUGUUUCCGGCCAGAUCGUCUCUCGCACAGGGCGGUGGCGGCCCGUCAUGUGGAUUUCCUGGGCUAUCAUGACCCUUGGCUGGGGACUCAUGAUAAUGCUUGACGAUACCGCGAAUAACGCUGAACGGGAGGUGUAUCCACUCAUUGCCGCGAUUGGCAUCGGAUGUCUGUUCCAGACCCCGCUGAUUGCUCUUCAAGCCGCGAUGCCCCUAAAGGACAUGGCGACGAGCACUGCUGCAUUCGUAUUGAUUAGGACAAUCGGUGGUACCGUCGGUAUCUCUGUUGGACAAGCCAUUAUCUCUAGCGAAUUGCGCCGACGUGUUGCAAAGAUACCUGGUCUCACAAUCGACACCUCCCCAGCGUCAUUGACUGACCUUGUCAGACAAAUCCCACACCUAUCGAACAUACCUGAGCGAGUAGCAUUGACACACGCUUACACGAAAUCUAUCAGCACAAUCUGGCUUGUCAACACCCCAGUCAUGGGUGUCGGGUUCUUCCUCGUGCUCUUCCUCCGCGCGUACACGCUCAAGCGCGUGGUGCGCAAGGCUGGAGACGAGCCGCAAUCCAGGGCGGCAGAUAUCGAGUCUCGGGCACCGACAGAUCUGUCUGCCGCCGCGCCCGCAGCUGGCGUCGAGACCGUGUCUCGCGACGACGCCGCGACGGAGGGUACCGUUCAUGGUUCCGAUGAGAAGAGCGACGAGAAGAACGAGAAGGGUUCCGACAACUGAUCGGUGCAUGUUUCUGCUACAGGGGUUAUGGUGAUACCGCGCAUUGUUUGGUGGCUUUACGAGAGGGUUGGUCGAGUGAGUUGAAUGGCUGAUAACGACACGCGACACCACAACAUAUUGUAUAUCAUACUAGACAGCAUAGAUGUUCGCCGCGGAUGAUCUCGCGCUACCAUCGCGCAUUCGACACUAUAUGACGCUUUACGAUUUCAAUAAUGUCCGUGCCUCAUCGUCACUUUCUUCAUGGGUAGUAGUGUCGUAGUAUAGUUCUGGUUGGCCCGGGGCGGAUUGUCUUGUAUCAACGGUUCCUUGCAUAUCGCAACCCAUACUCGCAUUGGCUUCAAUUAUAACCCC